UUUUUUGCUGCCUGACAUUGGUUAACCAUCUUCUCCCUUCUAGCACUAUUCAAGGCCAACUUUUGGUACUGUAUAUCAGCAACGCCAUACCAUAGGGUGUGAGCUUAUCUUCGGGCUAAGCUCCCAAGACAACACAACACUGUCUGCUGCCUGAUCGUAACAGUAGGUGGCAGCGAGUCCAGUACGCCUUGUUUGUGUGCAGAAUCUAGCAGCCAGCUCAGAAGAAGAAGCUGAAUUAGAAGAAGAGGAACAAAUAAAGGGGUUGGGACAGGUGCUGUCAGGAUGAAGGUGUGUAGCACUGUGCGUGGCUCCAGGCUCUCCAUAAGUCUGCUGCUGCUCCUCCUUUUCUGUGAGGUCAUCUUCCAGGCACACGCCACCAAGAGUUUUGAAGACGUGCGCUGUAAGUGUAUCUGUCCGCCGUAUCGGAAUAUCAGCGGGCACAUCUACAACAGGAACGUCUCGCAGAAGGACUGUAACUGCCUGCAUGUAGUGGAGCCCAUGCCGGUGCCGGGGCAUGACGUGGAGGCCUACUGCCUGCUGUGCGAGUGCAAGUAUGAGGAGCGCAGCAGCAACACAAUCAAGGUAACCAUCAUUAUCUACCUGUCUGUGGUGGGCUCCCUGCUGCUCUACAUGCUGUUCCUGCUCCUGGUGGAUCCUCUGAUCCGCAAACACGACCCCUACACCCAACCCCUACAGAACGAGGAGGACACUGAGGACGUGCGUUCCCAGGCGGAGGGUGCGGCCGGGCGGGGCAACACGGUCCUGGAGCGCGUGGAGGGGGCACAGCAGCGCUGGAAACGGCAGGUCCAGGAGCAGCGCAAGACUGUCUUCGACCGACACAAGAUGCUCAGCUAGACCUUCUCAGGGGAACCGGGGCCUCCUGUGCCCUUUCCACCCUGAUCCACAAUGCACCUCAGCCCUGUCCCACAAUGCACCUCAGCCCUGUCCCACAAUGCACCGCAGCCCUGUCCCACAAUGCACCGCAGCCCUGUCCCACAAUUCACCUCAACCCUAUCCCACAAUGCCUCUCCCCCAGUCCCACAAUGCAUCUGCUUCUGAGCCCUGUCCCACAAUCCCCUUCUCCCCAUAUUUUGUUUUUAGCCACAAUGCUUCUAAGCCAUGUCCAACCUGUUCCGCAAUGCACUUGAGCCCCGCACCACCAGUGCCAGUGGUAAGCUAUUCCCCAUAGUGACCUUCCUCAUGUCUGUGUAGAAUGUACCCUUUAUGCCCCCUCGUUCUACUAUAGUAGUACUACUGUAGUUCACUUUGUGAAUUUAAAAGCCUCUAUCAAAUUGCCCCUGAGCUUGAAGAAAUUAAGCAUCUUAAGUCUUUCCUCAUCAGAGGUAUAUCAUUUAUACCAGGAAACAAUUUGUUUCACUAUUGAACACACCUUCAACCAGAGAGAAGGGAACUCAUUUGGAAUCAGCAGGUGUGGUGAUUGGUUGUCAGUGGCAGACGAUUGGGCAGCCAUGCUCGACAUCUUGUGUGUGCACAACCAGUGCCAUUCACCAUUGAUGAUAUAUUUUUGUGUUCUCCCAAAUGAUUUAUCUCGGUGUGCAUUUUUGUAUAGAAAAUGUCCAUCCAUUUACUAUCCUACAGUGAUAUUUCCCUGGGACCAUGACUGUUCUUUUAAAACGUAUUGCUUGUUGCUAAGCUGCCUUUAAUGCAGAGUUUCAAGAUAGCACUGGGUUUGUUGUCUGUGCUGAAAAUGGCAGAAUAGUUGUGACACUGCUUGUCUGUAGUGGGGUACUGUUCCCCCGAUUGCCUUUAAAUGUGCUGUUUGUGUUUUGUUCCCAUUUGCUUGACUUCUGUGCGUCUGGGAGAUUUUAAGCCAGAUCAUUUAUCCUUGAGCCUAGUGCCAUGUCUACAGUGUAUCCUGUAAUUCAGUCCUCCUGCAGCUAGGAGCUGCUGAUACGCUCUCCUCAUUAACACGCGUAUUACAGAAUCAAUAAAAAUCAUUGCAUUUCAAAUGCCCUGAAACAUCAUAGUUGGGCAGUUUUACAAGGCCGGUAAAGGCACAUGAACUUCUCGAUUAGAAUGCUUUUGUGGAAUUUUCUAGUAAUGUGAUGGAGUGCAACAAACUCAUUGAUUGGUUCCUCAUUGUAAUCAUGACUUCAUCACGGCCUGCUCUCUUAUGUUUUUAAAGUGGAUGGCUACAGCGACUCGUUAAAUUGAAUUUCAUUGAUUCCAUCAAAUCAGAUAGCACCGUAAUUGUCUGAUGAUCUAAAUAUGUUGAUUUGACGACCACCCUCGCUGAGGGAGAAUGAAGAUAGGUUGAGACACCAGGGUUUCUGGGCUAACUAGCUCACUUCUCCGCCCUAUCAGAGUUUGUUUUGAAGGAAGUGGUGUCACGGACAUCAUGUCACCGCAUAGCCUGGCUAAAAGUGAUCAGUGCUUUCAAAUGUAAGCAAUGGCACUGCAGCCAGUAUAAUCUGUAAAAUAACUAAUAUAAAGCAAAAGCUUGCCUGUAAAUGUCAUAGAAUGUGAAGCACUUUUUAAAAACGUCACUGCAGUGACUUUAAGGGUAAAAAGUAAGAAAUUAUUAAAUAUUUGCACAGAGCUGGCAACUGUACUAUCUUUAAUGUCAAUGGUAAAAUGACGUUAAAAUGGUAGAUCGCGGUUGUGUGGUUUAUGAUGCUCCGUUCUGUGCUGAACGCCUGUGGUCUUCGAUGGUGACGGCGGAGUCCUGUGCCCAGCUGGCUGCCUUUCGCCGCGAAGUGUCUCCUCGCGCCCGCGCCUCGCGCAGCUGCGAUGCCCUCCGUUUCUAAUGAUAGCUGGGAUUCCGAGCGCUCCAAACUCAACCCGUUUAUUUUCGUUAUGCGACUCCGCGGAUUUAAUUUAUACCUCAAAAGAGAGUCAGAUCACUGUUUGAACUUCUUCUUUUUUUUUUUUUAAAGGUUCUGCGAUUUAUUUAUAAGUUGUUUUUUUGAAUAAUUUAUUGAGAAUGCUGUUCUUAUGUGGGUUCAGCUUUCGCAACCUUUUAUUUACAGUACUCGCAUGCGUACACAUAUGUUGAUUAUUAUAUUGCAUUAAACCUUUGUAGGCUAGUUGGUUUGAAUUAAAUCAUUUUAUAAUUGUGCAUCUGAUAAAAUGCAUCUGGGAGUUUCUGUAAGUUAUAAGCACUGUUAAAAUGUGUUAAGAUUUAAAGAUGUGACAUUCCUGCUUAGCAAACAAUAAACUACUGUCUUUACAGCCAAAA